GAUUUGAACCUUGCGGCUUUUGAGUAUGACCCUGGUAUAGAUUACAGCAAGCACCGUGGUGUGAAUAUAGGAAGAAUGGAUCAAGUAUGUAAUUUCUGCCGAGCACUCAAAUUUGCUAAAGAGACCCCAGGCAUGUGCUGUGCGGGAGGAAAAGUCAAGUUGUCUGAAUUGUGUCCACCGCCUGAGCCCUUAGCGACAUUAAUAUCUGGGAGCACGAAUCAGUCAAGACAUUUUUUGAAAAACAUUCGAAAGUAUAACUCAUGUUUCCAAAUGACAUCAUUCGGAGCGACGGAAAUCAUCCGAGACAAUUAUAUGCCCACCUUCAAAGUACAAGGUCAGGUAUAUCAUCGCGCUGGGUCUCUUUUGCCGCUACCGGGGGCUGAUCACCAAUUCCUUCAGAUUUAUUUCAUGGGCGACACAAACGAGCAAAUCGAUCAGAGGCGUCGUUUCAACAGUGGAACAAUCCGUGAGAUUGUUGCAGAUUUACAGGACAUGCUGCAUCGGCACAACGAAUUAGUACGAGUGUUCAGAUCUUCUCUUGAGCUCAUGCCGACAGAUGACUAUGUGGUUGUUAUCAAAGCUGAUAAGACGCCAGGAGAACACGCAGGGCGAUUCAAUGCGCCAACAUCGGAUGAAGUGGCUAUCGUCAUUGUUGGUGAAGAAUUCAACUCACGAGACAUAGUCCUUCGUCGCAGAGACGGCUGUCUUAAGAGAGUUUCGGAAACCCAUCGCUCCUAUGAUGCUUUGCAGUAUCCGCUUUUAUUCUGGCAAGGCGAAGAUGGUUAUCAUUUCAAUCUGAGAAUGAGAAAUCCAGGAACGGAUGAAGAGACCAGUAAGAAGGUCAGUGCCAUGAAUUACUACUCAUACCGGAUAAUGAUACGCGAUAACGCAGAGAAUCAUAUUCUGCUUUGCCGACAAUUAUUUCAUCAGUAUAUUGUUGAUAUGUAUGCGAAAAUCGAAACCGAAAGACUCCUGUUCAUUCGAUUGAAUCAAACCAAGUUACGGAAGAUCGUGUCGUUGACCUUAUGGGGCUCACUGAUACACAAAGUUGAUGAUCGUGAGGGUCAAGUCGUGGAUUUCCAAAAACUCUCUGUGAAGGAGUUCAAAGCUAGGAAGAAUAUCUCCUCGACUGGGAAUACAAGCAUCCAGUUCCCAAUACGAUCCAAUUCGAGAACACGAGAGCUCGAAGAUUGGUGGAGAAGCAGCAAGGGAAAUGUGAUAUUCGAAGAGCUCGAUAUACCCACCUAA